ACAGUACAGGUUUAGGAUGAUGGCGGGUGAAGUAUGGCUUUGACGAUCAGAAUAGCGAAUCCAUGGACACUUCUGAUAACGGCAACCCUGUCUUGCACACCGGCAGUAGCUGAGGACGUGCCCCUGCUGAGUCCAGUGCUUCGUCACGAGACUCUGCCUGCAUAAAUGAUCUCAAUGGACUCGUGACCAAAACAGUGAUGGGACGAAUCUUGGAUCGACUGGGAUUUUACAAAUUCCUAUCCUUCCUUCUGCUAUUUCUUCUUCGUCAGUGGUAUCGACUUUACGUGAGAUGCAUCGUGCUCUGGAGGACAGCAUCGGUUCGGCUCCUGUGUUCUCCUGGAUUGAGGAAACAACACGCCGAGACCAUCUUCGUACUGAGGAAGAAGCUCAAGCGCUUCCCACAGCACAUUGGUGUCGUCCUAGCCGAGAAUAAACUCUUUCUCAGUGAAUUAGCUAACCUUGUAGUAUGGAGUUUGCUGUCUGGUGUGCCAUAUUUGAGCAUCUAUGACCCCAAAGGAAUGGUGAAACAGGGGGAAGUCAUUGAGAAGCUUCAAGAGCAAGUGAUAUCAACACAGCAUGAAUAUUUGGGGAGAGACUAUCAGUUGUACAAAGUAGUUUUCCAUGAGGAAAAGGAUACUCCCAAGAGGAAUGGUCUCCUUAAUGGUCACACAGGUUCAUCGAAGGAGACCCUUUAUUUGAGGCUGCUAGAUAACGGAGACAGCAGAGGUGACAUCAUAAAUACAGCAAGACACCUCUGCUCCCAGGUAAAGGAAGGAAAACUAGAUGUGUCUGGAAUCACUGUGGAUGAAUUUGGUCAGCAUCUGAGCAGCAGCUUGGGCUUCCCUGAAGUUGACCUUGUCCUCAAGUUUGGCAUAAGGGAAGAAAAAAAAGAAAUGCCAGAUAUUCAGGAAGUGAAAGGAGAUCUGUUCUCCUGCCCUGAGAGUACUUCCCUAGCUCAUUGCAUCAGUGCAGAUAUUCGUAUGGGUAAAGGCAUUGCAGCCAUCUUCAAGAAGAAAUUUGCAGGUGUGUCAGAGUUGCAGACACAGAAAAAGAGUGUUGGAGAGGUGGCAAUCCUCAAGCGUGGAGAUCGUCAUGUCUACUAUCUCAUCACCAAAGCAAAGUACUUUGAGAAGCCAACAUAUGCAGCAGUGGAGAAGAGCCUGAAUGCAAUGAAGAAACACUGUGAGGAGCAUGGAGUCAAAGCUCUUGCUAUGCCUCGUAUUGGGUGUGGCCUGGAUGGCCUGGAGUGGAAGCAAAUGAAUGAGAUCAUAGAGAAGGUCUUCCAGGAUUCUUCAUUAGAUGUCAUUACCAUAUACACUCUGUGA